UGUUUUAUUAAAGGUGGAGCUUCAGGUUCAGUCACACCCCAGUUGGUCCACAGCUUCUGUCCCAGUACAGCCCAGUACAGCCAAGAUCCUCAACCAGAGACCCCACUGGACACCUGCAGCUUCAAAUGGGUCCUACCAGGAAUCAGCCGUACCUGAAACUCAUCGGACGUGGCACAACGUUAAUUAUUUUUCAAGAGAUGGAGGAAACUUCACUGAGUCACCAGUUAACAAAACUGUGCUGCCUGGUGAAGAGUUUGACCCAUUAGGAGGACACACAGUCUGGCAGGUUAUCAUAAUUGUGUUCCUSACUGGAUCCCUUUCACUUGUCACCGUUGUUGGCAACAUCCUAGUUUUAUUGUCAUUCAAGAUAAAUAAAGCUCUGAAGACAGUGAACAACUAUUACCUGCUUAGCCUGGCGUUUGCUGACCUGACCAUUGGCACGUUGUCAAUGAACCUGUACACCAUCUACAUCAUCAUGGGCCAGUGGGCGCUGGGACCAGUGGUCUGCGACGUGUGGCUUGCAAUAGACUAUGUGGCCAGUAAUGCCUCAGUCAUGAACCUGCUYGUUAUCAGCUUUGACAGGUAUUUCUCUGUGACCAGACCUUUGACCUACAGGGCCAAGCGUACAACCAAGCGAGCAAUGACCAUGAUUGGAUUAGCUUGGACCAUCUCUUUUAUCCUUUGGGCCCCAGCUAUUCUGUUUUGGCAGUACAUUGUGGGUGAGCGAACCAUCCAGCCAAAUGAGUGCUACAUCCAGUUCUUGUCUGAACCAAUAUUUACCUUCUGCACUGCUAUUGCUGCAUUCUACCUGCCAGUGACAAUCAUGGCAAUUCUAUUUUGGAAAAUUUACCAGGAAACAGAGAAACGGGCKAAAGAUGUACAACACCUCAAAGGAUCGGGUGUAACCAACAGUCCAAGCCAGGAUCAAAACCAAGGAAGUGGUAGUAGAAGGGAGGGAAAGGUUUCAGUUAGCAGCCAGAACAUUGCAUCAUCCACGCCUCAAAGGAUAAGCUCUCAAAGUAGCUGUGAACUGUAUCAACCUUCCUCACAGAGUAACAAACCCAACACCAUCUUGGCCCAAGGAAACAAAGUUAUGUGUGGUACAUUUUGUUUCCACUUUUCAUCUCUUCUCCCUGCUCGUCAUACAUCCAAGAGGUCCUACAACACAAGUGCUGUAGAAGAAGCAGAGCACAGCAGCUKUGACAACUUUACCAGUGAUCAGGUUGAUGCUUCUGGAAACCAGACUGUUUCAGAGGUGGAAGCUGACGGAGCACAGCCUUUACCAGAUAGUAUGAAGUCAUCAAAGAUGAAGAAAAGCAAGGAUAAAGAGCAAUUAAUAACUAUCGAAAGUCCCAAAGGCUCCAACCAUGUUGCAUCCUCUUCAUCUGCAAAUCAGACACCUGUGACCACAAGAGAUGUUGCACUGGCCAAACGCUUUGCUCUGAAAGCCAAAACAGAGAUGAACAAGCGCAAAAAUGAAAAGAAGGCUAAUGAAAAGAAAGCAGCAAAAACACUCAGUGCCAUCCUGUUUGCUUUCAUAAUGACGUGGUUACCAUACAACAUCAUGGUGUUGGUCAACACGUUCUGUCAGGACUGCAUCCCUGAAACCCUCUGGGCUCUUGGCUACUGGUUGUGUUACGUUAACAGCACAGUCAACCCUAUGUGCUACGCUCUAUGUAACAAAACAUUUCGCACAACUUUUAGGGAUAUUUUGUUAUGCCAGUGGAGGCAACAGAAGAAAAACUGUAGCUUUCAACAAAAACAGGCUGCUGUGUUCCGAAAGAGAGACUCAAGGUGACUUUCAGUUCAAAAGAUUUAUUAGGUAAAAUACAUAACUUUAUGCUUGCAUGGAUUAUUGCAAGUGUUACUAUUUUUAUCAAGAGAUGGUGAAGGAUGCUUUGUUAGUGUAUGUGAAAUGGCAUCCAAGAAGAGGUUUUAAAUUGGAGUUCCAAAAUAAUGUUCACAGAUAUUUAUCAAAAUAAAAUAUGAGCUCUAAGAUAGCUUGGGCUUUUCUAAAAGCAAGUUACAAAUUUGCAAWGGGGCUAAAACAAAAUUAAGGUAAUUAUUUGGAAAUUUUGAGAAAUUGCUGCACUGAUAUCCUUCAAAAUAUCUUCCAGGUUUUUCUGAAACAACUUUCAUCAAUGACAUCCCACCAUAUUAUUUUAAACAAAUAAAGGUUGGGUGGUUGAUUGGUUGG